AACAGCUUUUUUUCCCAUAAAAAACUGGCAGCACUGCAUUUGAUCAACAAAAACGUGCAUUUGCUCUUUGAAUACAAAUUGAAUUUAUUAAAUAAUUUAAAAAAAAUGGGUAAAAAGGACAAGAAUAAGAAAAAGGGAAAGGGUGCGGAGAAAACAGCAAUGAAAACGGAUAAGAAACAGGCGGCCAAACAAAAGAAAAUGCUGGAAAAACUGGGAGAAGCCGAUAUUGCUGAAACUGUUAAGACUUUGGAGGCUGAGGAAGGACGCAUAAAGGCAAUAAGCGAAGAAUUAUGCCCACCGCCAACUCCACGUGCCAAUUUCACACUCGUAUCGCAUCCCGAAAAGGAGGAACUCAUUAUGUUUGGCGGCGAGCUUUACAAUGGCGCCAAAGUGUCUGUAUUUAAUGAUUUAUACUUUUAUAAUAUUCCACGCAACGAGUGGAAACAGUUGAAAUCACCGUCGGGACCAACACCACGCAGUGGACAUCAAAUGGUCGCCGUUGCCACCGAUGGCGGGCAAUUGUGGUUAUUUGGCGGUGAGCACGCAAGUCCCUCGCAACUGCAGUUCUAUCAUUAUAAGGAUCUCUGGACAAUGAGCCUGAAGACCCGUCAAUGGACCAAAGUGACGUCACCCAAUGGACCAAGUGCGAGAAGUGGCCAUCGUAUGGUCGCUUCCAAGAAGCGUCUCUUCAUCUUUGGCGGCUUUCAUGAUAAUAAUCAAUCGUAUCAUUAUUACAAUGAUGUGCAUGUCUUCUCGCUGGAAUCUUAUCAAUGGCUUAAGAUUGAAAUUGCCGGUACAAUUGUUCCGGCAGUGCGUUCAGGUUGUUGUAUUGCUGCUGCACCCGAUGGCAAGAUCUUUAUUUGGGGCGGUUACGCCAGGACGUCGAUGAAGAAGGAUCUGGAUCGGGGAAUAACGCACACGGACAUGUUCUCACUGGACCAAGAUAAAUCUGGCGGCGACAAGUACAAAUGGAGCACUGUUAAAGCUGGCGGUUAUCGUCCAAAGCCAAGGAACAGUGUUGGCUGCACAGUGGCACCAAAUGGCAAGGCCUAUUGCUUUGGCGGCGUCAUGGAUGUCAACGAGGAUGAUGAGAAUGUUCAGGGACAAUUCGGGGAUGAGCUGCUCGCCUUUGAUUUAACGGCACAAUCCUGGCGACUGCUCGAUGUGGUGGCCAAGACCAAAAGCAGCGGCAAAAAGGAUAAUGAAAAGUCCAACGAUGUGGAAAUGGAUGAGAACGCGGCUGAGCCAGCGAAAUCCGUAACAACCACAACCGAUGGCAUUUUCACAGUGACUGUUGGUGGACCCGGUUCCAGUCAACCAACCACUCCAUAUGUCUCCGCCAUUCCGAGUCUGUUUGGCAAUGCUCGACGUACAGAUGCUCCGGCGCCUCGCAUGAAUCCGGGACUUUGUGUCUGCAAGGGCAAUUUGUAUCUCUUUGGCGGUCUGUACGAGGAGGAUGAGAAACAGCAUACACUUAACGAUUUCUAUGCCUUGGAUCUGCAUAAAUUGGAACAGUGGAAGGUUAUCAUUGCGAGCAAUCAGAAAGCGCACGAUUGGAUUGAUGACAGCGAGAGCAGCAGCUCUGAUGAGGAAUGUUCCAGCAAUGAUGAUGACGAUGAUGAUGAUGAUAGUUCGGGCAUGGACACUGAUUGAUUUUGUGUUAAACACACUUUAUGCAUAAAAUAUAACUAUUUUUUCAAUAAAAACUGCGAAAUUAUUUGUAAAAAUA